CGCGAGAGUCGCGUGCUUGGCUUGUGGUUUUGCUUCCUCAAAAUGUAAACACUGGGAGCUGGUUUUCUAGCUAGAUACACACAUUUCAGGAAGACAGUGCGGUUGUUAACUACGCUGGGAUGAGUUCAAUUUCCUGGUGGUCAAAAUGGAGAAUAAAGGGACUGAUGAGGUGGAGAAAUUGAAGACAAAGUUCUUGUCAGCAUGGCACAAUGUGAAGUACAGUUGGGCUUUGAAGUCAAAAACCUACUUUAGCAGAAAUUCCCCAGUGUUCCUUCUGGGGAAAUGCUACCAUUUUAAGGCUGAAGAUGAGGAUAGCCCAACAGAGAGCUGCAGCACUGAGGCCUGUGAUGCAUCCCCCGCCACAGGGGGUGACGUGGAUGCCUUCCGGAGGGACUUUGCGUCCCGUGUGUGGUUGACCUACAGAGAGGAGUUCCCUGCCCUGCCAGGCUCCACCCUAACCUCUGACUGUGGCUGGGGUUGCAUGCUGAGGGCAGGACAAAUGAUGCUGGCUCAGGCCCUCAUACUACACUUCCUGGGCAGAGACUGGACAUGGUCGGAGGCGUUGGCUCUCCAGCCUCUGGACACAGAGACCUGGACCACCAGUGCAGCCAAGCGUCUGGUGGCUGGCCUGGAGGCCUCACUGCAGGGGGAGAGGCCCUCGGACCCAGGGCCAAUGCUUCAUGCUCUGGGGGCCCCUGGGGGAGCGGAGGAGGCUGACACCCACCUGAGGGAGGUCUACCACCGCACCCUGGUGUCCUGGCUUGGGGACAGCCCCCAGGCACAGCUGGGUAUCCACAGGCUGGUGGGGUUAGGCCUGGUGUCUGGGAAACGGGCAGGGGACUGGUAUGGCCCUGCUGUGGUGGCACACAUCCUGAGAAAAGCUGUAGAGGAGGCAACAGACCCUGGGCUGUCGGGCAUAACUGCUUAUGUUUCCCAGGACUGUGCAGUGUACAGUGCUGAUGUCAUCGAUAGCCACCAGUCGUGUGUGGCUGGGGGAGCCGAUGCCCCGCCCCUUACGGACAGCCGGGCGGUCAUCAUUCUCAUCCCAGUCCGGCUGGGGGGAGAGAAGACCAACCCAGAGUACUUCAACUUUGUCAAGAGCAUAUUGAGUCUGGAGUACUGUAUCGGCAUCAUCGGGGGCAAGCCCAAACAGGCCUGCUACUUCGUUGGCUUUCAAGAUGACAGCUUGAUUUACAUGGACCCUCAUUACUGUCAGUCUUUUGUGGAUGUCAGCACUAACCAUUUCCCUCUUCAGUCGUAUCAUUGCCCGUCGCCAAAGAAGAUGCCUUUCAGUAAGAUGGACCCCAGUUGUACCAUAGGCUUCUACUCUAGAAGUGUCCAGGACUACCAGACAAUCAGCCACGAACUGUCCAAGGUGUUGCUGCCAUCAGCGAAGGAGAAAUACCCAGCAUUCACUUUCAUGCAAGGUCACGGAAAAGAUUACAACCUUUCGGCAGAGUUGACCCCGGAGAAGAGGGAAUGGCCAUUUAUCCGUGACCCACAGAGAGCGGCCGCUACAGCUGGAGACUUCGUGCUGCUCUGAAGGCCGACGCCAAGGUCAAAGGUCAUGGUCUGAGACUUUUCAACGACUGGCGAAGUGACUUUACCAGACAGACUGAAACAGGCUUAUCCAAGGCCAGGACUCUGCAAACUGGACCUCUCACAACCCCAUCCCAGACAUGGAUCUGGUAUCUAUUACACAAUUAUGAAGAUACAUAGCCAGUAUUACAUUUUCCUCACACCAGCAUUCAUGACUUAAUACGCAAAACCUAAAAAUAUUAUAAUUAUCCUAUACUGUAGAUAGUUGCUGUUAGUUUUGACUGUUCCAUGGAAAUCAGUAACAUAGGGCAAAAUAUCAAACAAACAUACCAUGGGUCUGUAAGGGGUAUGAGGUUGUAAUGAGGGUUAUGCGCUGUACUGUAUCUUAUACACUGCGUUAUUGAUACCGAUGGAGAAUUGGGUGCCUUGGCUUAUUGGAAGACUAACUCUCAGCCAAAUAUAACACACAUUUGCCUUGUAAGGAAAUCAUUGCUGCACUUUAGUAGAUGGUAGUCAUCAUAGGAUAUGUGUGAGGAUAUCACUGUGGUUCUGUAGCUGGGCCUUAUAACAAAGUGAAGUGCUAUAGGAGAGUGCCGUUCACAUACUGUAAUUAGAAGUAUUUAGCAAUACUCCAAAAGUACUGGAGGUUUUAAUGGUAAAAUAUGUUCUAGGGUUACACUCUUGUGAUUUCGAGACCACAUUUACAUUAGGGGGAAAAGUUUUAUGUUGCCAAAUCAUUUCAAGAAGAUACAUUACUUUGGUUCAUAACAGUUAUUUAUUUAUUUCAAAGCAAAUUAAAUGUCUAAAUGGAAUGGUUUUCCAAUGUCACAGUCAAACCCAUCUAUAGAGGGGACCGGUACAAUACCUUGCUUCUCUUUGUACUUUCACAAUAAUUACACUAGUUACAAACUUUAAAUACACUAUAACCACAUACUAAGUUAAUUGCGGUAAUUGAAUCAUCUCAUUUAAAUGGUGACAUUUGUAGAAUCCACAAUUUGUUAUGUGGGUUGAAUGUAAUUGAAAUGUUGUACGAUUAUGUGUGACUGUUUCUAGAUCAGCCCCUGAACUGUAAAGGCAUAAAGACAGCUACAUUCUACCCGUGUUGCCAAAUGUUCACAAAAUUCAGCUCUUUAUCACAAUAUUGAUUCUCACACUGCUGUGCAGCAAAGUAGAAUAAAGUCAUAAAACCUUUUA